AUGUAUGUGAAAUGCUUUGAUACAGUAAUGUUUUACUAUGUGAUGUUAGUGAUUUUAGUGAAUGUCACUUUUUGUCAUUUUCAAAUUUCCCGCUGUUCCGUCCCCGUACGUCCCGACACUCGCAGGGGAUGGAACCCAGAUGACAGAUGCCGGCAUCGGCUGGAUUACACUGCCGGGGUCACUGCAGGAGGGACAUCGCGGGAGUGCAGGACAAGGUAAGUGACCGAGGGAUCGUGGAACAGCACCGCAUGGUAAGCCCGAGUGUAGCUGGGGGUUACCGCUUGUGCUACACUCGGGAAUACCGCCAGGAAGGUUA